UACAGUCUGCCAGUUGCUUCGAAACCGCCGGAUGUGUCUGCUUGCGCCAAGAGAAAGGACACAAAGGCUGAGCUUUAUUGGUGAUAUUUAGCUUGGACAGCCAGGUUGUAACCUUAAGAAAAACAACCCAAUUGCCCGUGAUAAAAAAGGACCGUUAUAUAGCACCCAAAUAACUUCACCCUGCUUCCCGUUUUAGAUUACUUUCAAAGUGGAGACACACUUGCAGACAUGUAAAGUAUCCCUGAGGUGCUGCAAAAUCCAAUAAUCAUUUCAUCACGCUGUUGAAUCAUUUUGAUAACAGAGAACCAUAUCUCGAAUGUAGGAUAUCAACACUUUAUUAAAGCCACAUUUGUUUUGCCUCCAAAUGGAAGACUAUGCAGAUGAAUUUCAUUAGAUGAAUAUGAAGGUGACUAACUCCCUUCAUGUGUGCGUAACUUUGAAAGGACGAAGUUGUUUGAUCAUUAUCCAAAUAUAUGUCACCAAAGUUAUAAUGCCCCUAUCCUAACUUACAACAAUCCCAUGUUAUGCUGAAAUAAGAUCUCAUGAAAAUCCAACGUUUAUUGUUCAUAAAGGGAAAUAUUUGCCAAUAAAGGCGCGGGGAUUUGCUAUUAAAAUAUAGUGGGGAAAAUGGUGGCCAUUUAGCUGAGUAGUGUAGGCUGAUUUAUUAUUUAUUGUUCUGUCCCACGGUCACGUGUUUGGGGCGCCCUAUCCAGUCUUGGACAAGGUUCAACUUACUGGACGCAUAGAGCUUCUUGGUGGUGCACGAAAGCAGCACCUUACCAUGCAAUGAAACUGUUUCCCCCCCUGUUUUUUCCCCGUGACAUUUUAGGACUGUAACUCGCCCUUUUUUUUGUGCUUUGCACUUUUUUUCCGCCUGCAAUGUCGACGCUUGGAACAAGCUACUAUGUGGACUCGCGCAUUCUUCCUGACCAGGAAGAUAUGGUACCGAGGUACUCAUCAGCUGCAGGGGUGGAGCAGGCGGCGGUCACCGAAUAUGGCGGACAGGAAUCUUGCCCUUUGCAAGGGAAAUCUUCUAUUUUUGGCGGAUCUUGGAGCACUAUCUCGACGCACGCUCCGAACCCAGCCACACCGACCUACGUCCACCAGCACUACGCGGGCGCGGACAGCGAUGGCAUGUUCGCCCGCUCCUGGUCGCUGGACCCCGUGUCCGCGUCGCUGUGUUUGACCGGACUGCCGUCGACGGCCAUGCACUACGAGAUCAAACCCGAGCCUCUCAUUGGGAGCGCCGAGUGUACCACUCUGGAGACUCACACGCCUCUUUUGUCAGACAUUGAAAACGGAGCAUCUCUCGCAGAGAUUCCCUGCGAAAGCUCGUCCAUGUCUAAGGUUGCUGAAGACAACAAGGCUCCAGAGGGGAAGACUGAGGCAGAGAAUAACCCAUCCACCAACUGGCUUCACGCAAAGCCCACCAGAAAAAAGCGUUGCCCCUACACUAAGCAUCAAAUCCUGGAGCUAGAAAAGGAGUUCCUCUAUAACAUGUACCUCCCUCGGGAUCGUAGAUACGAAGUAGCGAGACUGCUGAAUUUGACCGAGAGACAGGUAAAAAUCUGGUUUCAGAACCGCCGGAUGAAGAUGAAGAAAGAAAACAAAGACCGACGGGGGGACAGCUAACGCUGUAUUUUUUUGGAGUCUGGUGGGGGAGGGGAGGGGGUUCCGGACUAUCCGAACCUGUUACACACGUUGCUGUCAAUUAAUUGGUGUUGUUCAAAUUUACGCUGGAUGUGGUUGUGUUUUUUUCUAUUUCCGGUGUAUCCCGUUUGUGAGGACAAAGUGUCUCGUGGUAAAUGGAAUUGUCUUGUACUUUGCGCACACGGAUCGUGAGCUGUAGGCCGUUUGUUACUUGCAUGAAAUUAUUCUUGACUACCUGAAUAUUCCUCUGCUACCUAUUUGCAUUAUUUAAGUUAUUGUUUUUGCAGCCUCUUCGUGUUUUUUUUACGUGUUAACAUUUUAAGCAUUUGUGAAAACAUUGCACACUCUUUAAAUACCUCAUUUUGCCUGUUUUAAAUAGAAAUAAAGUGAAGUUUGUAUAGCACAUAAGAACCGAUAUUUGGUAUUGAUUUGCUACUAAUUAUCGAAAGAGGACGUUUAAAAAGUACAAUUAUAUUACAAAUAUUUAACGCUAUUCUAUGGCCUAUUCUACACAUUAUUCGUUUUUUUUAAUGUACUACUCUGUUCUUAAAAUGUUAAAGAAUUGUUUUGAGCCAGUAAAUUCAAAUGUGGGGGAUAUCCUACAGAUGCAAAACCGACUUUUAUUGCAUCUUGUUUGUGUCUGUAGAGGUUUAGACCAGCUGCUUUAACGCUGACAACUAAAACGAGCAACAGAAAACUCCAAAAGGGUCUGCCAAAUGCUGUUGUUUUUUUUCUUUUUCUUUUUUUGUCUGCAACUCCCUCACUCACUUUGAUUUAAAUCAGAAAUAAUUGUGUGAAGCUUCUGGCACGCAGAAUAUUUUUUUCAGUAAUGUGUGUACCCAGUUUAUGACAAUAACACCUGUCAGUGGGGGGGUGACAUGAAUCGUAGACUGCCUAAAAACUGUUAUUAAAUGUAUUUUGCUUACUUAUUCACCUAAAUUUGCAAUGGAUUUGGCAAAGAAAAAAACAAUGUAUAGUCAAAUUUUUGCGAAUUUAUUCCUAAAAUGUAGUUUGUGUAAAAUGGAAAUUAAAUUAAUGUGAACAAAAACUAAACAGAACAAGGUAACAGUC